AUGAGUAAAACUAUUGCCUCAACUAAAAUAAUUCAAAGCAAACUCCGCGAUUCUGAGACUGUUCUUCAUGUAAGCUUUAUUUCAGGUCGAACCCAUUUCUCUCUUUCACAAAAAUAAAUUCAGGGAUUUCUUCCUCUCUAUAAUAGGAAAUAAAACCAGCCAAUGUGAAUAUGCGUAAGACACAUACAGACUUUUCUUGUUCCGGCCACGAAAUAUGUAUCCUUUGAACAAUAAACUGGACUUGAUUCAAGCUUUCCCUUUGACGAAAGAGUUGAAAUUAUUUCAUACUUCGACAGGCUAUACAAUUCAAUGGCUGAAUUAUCUGGAAACUGAGUGGAAAAUCAAAGUGAUCAGCAACGACUUCAUCAAUUUGAUAGGAAAUUACUUAUAAAUAAAAUGGCAUUCGGUUCGAGAGAAAUUAGCUCUGCUAAUUUUCUCUCCCUCAUGGAAUUUUAUUUAUGGGGUUGGGUUUUCUCUUGAGAACUUCUGCACAGCAAUAGCUGUUUAACUUUGGGAUAAUCAAAAGGAACAGCUCCUCAGUGCGUUCAAGAUCUCGGAGUUUUACCCUCAGCACUUCUCCACGGGAAGAAGACCCUUAGGCGGAGCACGCGCAGGAGCUGAAUCAGGGAAGAGCGACGGCAACGCGCCGGGUCAGAUGUGCGGCGGCUAGGGGCGAAGCGUUGAUAAAAGGCUUGGCGGGUUGGGCUCACCACCGUGAUCCAAGAUGGCUUCAUGACGUCACUAGUUAGCUAAAAGUUCCAUUUUGGGACUGCGGCACUAGACACCUUAAAUACCGAGUAAUUAAGUUUAAGUAAGUAAAGAUAGGAAAUUACUUACUCCCCCCCCCCCCCCUCCGUGAGCGAACAAAAAAUUUUGUUCGCUCACGGAGGGGGGUUAAUUUUUUUUUUUAAAAAAAAUUUAUAUAUAAAAAUUUUAUAAAAAAUAUUUUUUUCGAAAUUUAAAAAAAAAUCCUAAUUUGCAAAAAUUGGGAAGCAAAUAUUAAUUUAAUUUGCAAAAUUUAUGUUUUAAAACGCAAUUUGUUUAAAAUUAAACAGAAUUAGCUCUAGAUUUCAUUAUACUAAUUAUCACUUAUAUAUCAAAAUUUUUUUCCAUUAAAAUUUUUUCUAUUAAAAAAAAUUUUUGUUCGCUCACGGAGGGUGGGUUUUUGGUCAAAAAAAUGGUGAUUUUUCUAAUGGUUUUGUUCGCUCACGGAGGGGGGGGGGAGUUAGAAGAAGCCAUAAAAUACCAGCGAGACCCUUUUAAUUCGAAUGCGACAUCUUAUAAAUGGCUCUGGUUUUAUGAAGAAAUGAUCCCUGCUCAGGUGAAAAUGAUCAACGCUGAAGAAGAGGAAGCUGCUGCCAAAAGGAGCUCACUGCUGCAUCCGGAAGACUACGGAAAAGAGGCAAUGGACUUUUACAUCAACGAACAAUUGAGGAAAAGAGAAAGCGAAUUUACAGAAAAGAGAAAUAUCAGGAUCAUGGUGGGGACUUGAAAUACUGCAGGUACUCAGCCUCAAGAAGAGCUGUCUUUAUGGUAUAAGUGCCAGAGUGAAAAAUAUGACUCUCCAGAAGAAAGUCCUGAUAUUUUAUUAAUUUGUUUACAAGAAAUGUGUGAGCUCACUGCAAAAAACUUGCUGGGAGCAGAAGCCAGGAUGCGAGAGUGAACAAAUCACUUAUGUGAACAAGUCAAUUUGUCAUUUCCUGGAAAUGAUUACGUAGUUGUAAAGUCUAAUUAGGCUGGUUACCAAAGUUUAGUAGGGCUGUUAUCAUUAAUUAUAGUGAAAAGCUCCUUGCAAGAAUAUUUGUCAAACAUUAAAGACUCAUGUGUGAAACUAGGCCUAAAAGGCUACACAGGCAACAAAGGAGCUAUCUGCCAACGAUUUUCAUUUUUUGACUCCACCAUUUGUGUGAUAAAUUGCCAUUUGGCUGCUCACAAGCACCAAACAAGGCUGCGAAACCACCAUGUGAAGUCAAUAUUAAAAUAUGCGAAAUUCACAUUAGAUGAUAAAGAAAUCAAAGGGAUAUAUGAGCAUGAUUACAUUUUUUGGACUGGAGACCUGAAUUAUCGACUAAAUAAGCUGAACACUGAUGAAAUCUUGUCCAGACUUAAUAGUCAGCAGUAUGAUGAGCUACUACGUUACGACCAAUUUGACAUUGAAAAAAAGACAAAUCAGAUUUUAGCUGAUUUUUCAGAAGGAAAAAUUGACUUUCCCCCAAGUUUCAAAUAUUAUAUUGGAUCAAAUAAAUUUGAUACUAAUAAUAAAAGAGACCCUUCCUGAUGUGACAGAGUUCUUUGAAAAGGUGAAGCUCAAUUAAUCAGAUAUGGAAUUUGUUCAUAUGUAAUCCAAAGCGAUCACAAGCCAGUAUUUGCAAGCUUUCUUAUCCGUGUAAAGCAAGCUGAUUCAGAGCUGAAAGAAAAAGUUCGAAACGAAAUUUAUAAAAUUAUAGAUGAAGUCCAAUAUGAAGCUCUCCCCAAACUGACCUUAUCAACUAUAAGCAUGGAAUUCCCAGGAGUCAAAUACAAAGUCCCGCAGUCCCAGAAGCUAAGUAUUGAAAACACUGGAAAUUCAUUCGCAAUUUUUGAAAUCAAAGAAUAUGCUGAAUUAACAAAAAAUAAAUCAUAUUUAAGCAUUUCUCCAACAACUGGAUCUUUAUCGCCAGGAGAGUCUACAGAAUUGAUCAUUACUGUAGAUUUCGGAAAGCACCAGUCAAGAUUGGCGAAUAAAGACGACGAUUACUUAUCAUUAAUUUUUAUACUUGGAGUCAUAGGCGGCUCUGACUAUUAUGUAAGCUUUAUAUAGAUUGAGGUAUCGAUAGACUAUAAAGGUUCCUGCUUUGGUGCAAAAAUUCAGGAUUUAGUCAAAAUUUCUUACCCAGUAGCCUCGCUUCCCAAUCGUAUGGAAUGGGUUGCUUCUCAAUUAGAACCAAUUGUUGAAGUCCCAAAAGAGCUUCUGAGAAUGAUAAAUUUCAUUAAAAAUUUUGGGUCAAGGGAAAAAGGAUUAUUUCAAGAGACUGGGAUUUUGGAAAUAAAAGCACACAUCAGAGAUGUAUUGGACAAUGGCGAGCCUUUUAGGGAAGACGUUGAUGUUUUUUCAAUGAGCAUUGUGAUGCUCGAAUUUCUGGAGUCCUUGGAUGAACCACUUUUGCCCUCAGAUUUGAUAGAUGGCUGUGUCAAAGUUUUCCAAUCGUCGUCCUUUGCUUCUGCAAGGGCAAAUCUAUUACAGAAUUUAGAUCCAGUGGCAGAGUGCUGCUUUUUGGCAAUUAUUCAUUUUUUGAGGCAUCUGAUUGAUAACGGUCUUCAUAAUGGGUUGACGGCAAAUUUCUUGGCAAAAGUGUUCACUGAGCCACUUACACACAAAGGAGAAAUAGAAAUAAAAGGAAUUCGAAGGAAUGAGGAAGACAGUUUGGAAUCUGAAAGAAAACAUCUGAUUUCUAUGUUUUUUUAUUCAUAG